AUGGAGCUGGAUGCAGACUUUUUAUUUCUUUUCAGGUUUAUUUCAAUGUCCUUGUAUAACGUGUUGCACGACCAUUUUUCUUCAGGGACGACUGCGAAAGUACAGAAAUAAGCUUAAAAAUUACUUUUUAAUUCCAAACAGUCAUAUUUCGUAUAUUUUUUUAUCACAACUCUAAGGAGAAAUUUUUCCGCCGUUUUUUCGUUUUAUUCAUGUAAGAACUUGCAUUCAGUGGCGAAAUAAUCAAAUAAAUUUUCAGUUAAUAGAGUUCAAAAACUUACACGAAAUGCAAAAAAAAAUAUUAGCCAAGGAACAGUUGGAAGAGUAAUGGUGGAUCGCAACACUGUAUUUUACUUUUUGGAUAAAAACGAAACAGGCAGAUCCGAAUGAUUCGUAACAUCGAUUAUUCAAUGGAAUAUUGCCUGGCUCACGUGAGUGAACGAUUCUGAUGACGAAGUAUUGGAUAGAAAAUUUGAGCUUUUGACUUGCGAGGAAAGCCUAAAGGAAUUAUCAGCGGAUUUAGUUGCAGUUGCUAAAGACACUGCCAAAGAGCAACUUACCCCUGCCGAAUUACAGGUAGUUAAUAGUUUUUUGUGAAUUUUAUAUAUUUCACCACGCAACAUUCUGCUCGUCAUGUCAGACAUUUAUUCUAAUGCAAUUAACAGUUUUUAAAUUAUUUAUUUCUUGUAGACAGCGGAUUUGUCCAGUGAAAUGGAAGGGUUAUUCUUCACUGGCUCACAAAUGACCAAAUUUAUUUCAUUUGCCUUAUUGGGAAUAUUUGCCUUCCUAUUAGUCAUCGGCAAACUAUGGGAAGUCUACACCAACUGUAAGCCAACGGUACGCAAGAAGAGAAAAGGUAACUGAAAGUAGGACCUGAAAAAAACUCAGGCUCGUACGGUUGGUAGAGCGCUGCACCGGUAUCGCAGAGGUCUUGGGUUCAAAUCCCGUACGGUCCUGAAUUUUUUUCAGGUCCUAUUUUCAACUACUCGUUUUAGUAGUGUUCUUAGCUGCGAGGAUCUCUUAAUUUCAUUUCUUUACCUCAGUGCAAAUAUAUGAAUUCCAUAUAUCUAAAAUCAUCAUUCAUUACUUAGGUGGUUUAUUUGGACCCAACACAUUGACCAGCUCCCAGUUGGCUUGUUAGCUCAGUUGGUAGAGCGCUGCAUAGGUAUCGCAGAGCUCAUGGGUUCAAAUCCCAUACGGGCCUGAAUUUUCUCAGGUCCUAUAUUCAACUACUCGUUUCAGUAGUGUUCUUAGCUGCGAGGAUCUCUUAAUUUCAUUUCUUCACCGCAGUGCAAAUAUAUAAUUUCAUAUAUCUAAAAUCAUCAUUCAUUACUUGGAUGGUUUAUUUGGACCCAACACAGAGGUCAUGGGUUCAAAUCCCGUACGGGCCUGGAUUUUUUUCAGGUCCUAUUUUCAACUACUCGUUUCAGUAGUGUUCUUAGCUGCGAGGAUCUCUUAAUUUCAUUUCUUCACCUCAGUGAAAAUAUAUGAAUUUCAAAUAUCUAAAAUCAUCAGUUCAAUACUUAUAAGGCAGUCGGUCUGUCAAUCAAAUAAUAAGUAAUUAUGUCAGUCCGUUUGUCGGUGAGAAAAUAGUAAUUUAUUCAAACGAUUAAUGACCGAAUCAAAUAUCGACUAUUUGUGUACUGACAAACGGAAAGUCUGAAGUAAUAUGUUCAAGGACUGAUUCCUCGCAGCAGGAAGAUGUCCAUGAUGCAAAACGUCCAAAAUUUGGAGGAACGACUCAAAGACAUAACGUCUGAUCUACAAAAGUUUAAAGAGGAAUUUGAAAGUGCCGUGAACGGUUUGUCUCCUGUAGGCAUUCCUGAACACUCAAGACCAAAAGAACGCUCAUUUUUUAUUAUGCUUGAUCAGAAAGGAAAGAGUGAAAAUACUGAAACAAAACUAUAACUCGCUGAAAAAAUUUGUCAUAAAUCGAUUCAGAUAGCAUUUUACUCUUCUGAGAUUUCCAUGGCCAGUGUUAUAUUUUUAGCUUGAGCAAAAAGAAAAGGUGAAUGUGUCACACUGAAUAGGACACGUAACUGACUUAUUCUUUUUCAUUACGAAUUGUAUUGAAUUGUUUUCCUUCCUUAUUCCUAUUCCCUGUUUAAUUUAUUUACUUCAGUUUUUAGGCCAACAAACCAAUACGUCGUUUUCAGAGAAAGGUAGCAAGUUAACCAAGAAGGUUUAUAAAUUUUUCUCAUUCCAUUGCAAUCAGUUUUGGCCGUCUAUUGAUGAAACAGCUUGCACAGUUAACUACAGACUCUACCUCGUCCGUGCUGACGGAUGAACAGAAUCGAGGGUUAAGAAUAAUUACUUUGGUAUUUGCUGUUCAGUGUGUAACUUCUGGGUUUGUUUGUUUACACUCUAUGGAAUUAAAUUUUUACCAGUGCUGGAAAAAAGCAAGCUUUUGAAAACGGGUGGUGCAAAUUGGAAGUAUAAAUGAAGAAUUCCUUUCUUUUUUCAAUUAUUUAAGGAAGAGCUUAUCAUAAAAGGUAUAAUAUAACGAGAAUUGUUUCUUGACUUCUCUUCUCUUGGUUAAGUAAAUACAAGUGUAAUUUCUGGCUGGUCACUUUCUCAAUUUCUUUCGCAAAAAGCAAGAGAUUUUAUAACAUUUCAGGAGAUUUUAGGAACCACUAGAUUUUGAGAUUAUGGAGGGCAGAUGCAAGUGGUCACUGAAGACUCCAGGUUACAAGUUAAUCGUUUCGGAACGUCCUUAAUCCUCAAAUCCUUACGAUUUAAUCAAAGUUUUUCAAUAUUUUAUAUAAUCAAUAGAUAUGUGUGCCUAGAGCAUGCAUAAGAAACACUGACUAUAGGAGAAUAAGGGCCAGUCAAGGACUAUUAUUCAUUUACAGAUAAUAAACUCCACAGGCGAUUUCUCUCUGAGAAAUGCAUCCUUGUUUUGCACUUGAAUCUUGCACCGUAAUCGAUAAUUUUUUCGUGUAUCUAUAAAUAUAUUUUUUAAUUCAGGCAAGACUGUAUAUAGAAGCAUAUUUUUGUAACGUUAGAUAUGCCACAAGUGAAAGCUAAAUGAUGUUUACAACUUGUAAAGUUAUCAUAGGAAUCUUUACUUUUAGCGAUCAAGAAAUAUGGUGGACAAUGUACAGUUAUAAUUCUGGGUUAAAAAAAAAGAAAGCUUAGACGUUAGAUCAAAUAGUGUCCACAGCGUAUUAUUUUAGGGACCUUACUCGCACAUUACAUGAUUGGUUCCCUUGACUAAGAAUUUUUAGGCUCGCUCUUGUACCAUGAAAAAAUAGAUCGUGUCGCGGCAAGCAACUACAGGAAUGGGAGUCUAAUGAGCUGGCAAAUUAGAAAAAAAAAAGAUGACGAAUCUUGAAUCUCGGCUAAAAAAUUGGUUACAAGAAAAGGAGAUUUAGUUUAGUCUAAGGUUUUGGUUAUAGUUCAGUCUUAUUCGUUCAUUUUUUGAAAGGAUUAAGCAAAAUGUGACGUCUCAGACUUAUAGGAAAUGAAAAAUGAAACUCAUGCAUAACCUUGAACGUUUCGAUCAAAAAGUUACUUCUGCAAGAUUACUUCUACAAAAUUUAAUCAGGAUGUUUAAAUUCUCUGCUAGGGGCUUCUGUAAGCCCCCAAGUUUUCCGUGUCUGUAUUUGCAUAAGCUUUAGUUUCUGGAUGACGAGACAACAUGUAUACCUACCUUAUAGAGAAUGGAUAAUCUUCACCGUAUAAGUGGUGUAAGGACUCUUUAAUGAAGAAUUAAGAUAUUGUAAAACCAUAGAAUAUUAGGGAAAAUUUUGCAUAAAGUCUUUUAGUUUAGUCAUUCACGGCCUUAGUUUGGAAACUAGGUAGACUUCUUCCCAAACCCUCACCCCUGUGAGUCUUAUUUCAACUAAUUGUAAAUAAACUGAUGUUUUUUAAAUUUCAUGUUUGUUAAGGUUACUGGAUUCUGGCCAAUUUUCAUGAAAAUCCAACAAAUCUAUAUACCCUGUAAAUUCAUUUUAGUAGAGGUAACUUGCAUAAAAACAAGCCUCGAGUUUUCGUUCUCCAAAGAAAUUCACAUUUUUCGCAUGUCAUUGCGGUCAAACCGCCGACCAAUGGAACGCGACAUCGACCCUCUGUUAUGUCUCCAGACGAAAAACUCCGAAAUUCACGGGAAAGGUAAUUUCGCGAAACGGGGAAAACGAAUUUUCGAUAGUUCAACGAAGUCCUAAUGUUCAUCCUCAAAUGAAGAACAUGAAGAAAAUUGAGUAAAGCAAGCAAAAGAAAAAAAAAAUUUGCCUUCUGUUUUCUCGGCCUGGGCUCUCUCACGACGAUUCUUUUUUUGAUGAGGAAUCUGAUUUGUUAACGUGUUGCGAAAUAUUACAGAAAUUCCCCUUCGUUGUGUGGUGCAAGACGUGAUUCAAACAAAAUAUGCAAAUAUAAAUCCCAGAUGAAACCCCGCGGAAAACGUUAACACUGUGCUAACUAACACCCUUUAACUCCCACGAUCUCAUUAGCAAUUCUCCUCACUGUCUGCCACGUAAAUCUUGUGAUAUUAGUUCGGAGCACUUGGUAUUGGAUCGACUAAUAAUCCACUAAUUUAUAUUUUUCUUUAUUGUCAUUACUUGUCUGCUUGAUUUUGUAUUGAUAAUGUAAGGUGAAAUUCUGUCUUGGUUACCCAUGGGAGUUAAAGAGUUAUGACAUUCUCUCAGCCAUAUCUCCCUGUUUUCAAGAUUCUGUAAUUUUUAUUUCCCCAAAAAAUCAGACUUGACUUCUUUCUUUGACUAAAGAGCGAAAAAACCGAAAUUCUAAUAGUUUUGACCAGAUUUUGUUGAUAGUAAGCUUAAUAUUCGUUUAUAGUUUUAGUGGAAGUUACGGGUUCUUAGCCCUGACCCAAAAGAAAAGUUAAAAGGAAAUAAGAUGAGUGGAUAAGGCCUUAAGAAUAAUAAAUAAAUAGAUUGACAAUUCAAGAGAGUCAAAAUCAUUUUAGUGGUUAACCAAGAAUACCUGAAACAAUGGACCAAUGAAUGAUGGCCAUAUUUCGUAAUCGGCAGCUGCACCCCGUGAGCUGUGAGACUCUUGUUGACUUACAAUUGUUCAGCGAUCCUUGUCUUUUGUUGAAAGGGAGAUUAAAUUUCACUGCGUUUGAUAUUUCACACAACAUGUACUUCAGCAAAUAUAUAACUCUUUUACAACUGCAGUAAGUCAAGGUAAGUGGAAUCUGGAGCCUUCCUGCUUUCGAUCCCGUGCUCGAUCAACACUUCUGGUGAUUGAGUCACUAUUUUUCAGAGAUAAUAGACCGCGCUUUUUAUAUAAAAUGACACAACAUAUCUUUUUAAAGAAAGAAUAUAAUGCAAAAUUUGUAUAGAUUUCUUCCCUGUGAAAUCCUCAGAGGAUUAUCAAAAAUGCACAUAAAGAAAAAUACAAAUAUAUGCGUUUGCCUGAAAAUCUCGCUACGAAUAUUUUGAAAAUGGUUACUUUCAGAACAGUCCUCCGGCACUUCAAGACAGCAUAAACAUUUUUCCUUUUUUGGUUCCUUUUUGCAAAUUUUUGGUGUUUGCCACUGGUUAAAAAAAGCAUCACAUUUUUCUAUCGCACCACUGUUAGUAAGCAAAGUUUCAUUUAUACCAGGAAUACAAACAAUUUAUUACCUUUUCCGUUCGUUUUGGCUGUUCGUUAUCUUACUCAAGCGAUAGGCAUUGCUUGUAUUCUCAGCAGGACUGCAAAUUUGUUUUUCUUGUAUUUUUUACCCAAGCGACGAUAAGAGGUGGCAGCAAAUUGUAGUCAUAAUCAUUUCAAUAAAAAUACCAGCCGGCCAGCCGCCAUUAGCGCUAAAAUAUAUGUUCUAAUGGAUCAUGUUCCUAACUCUUUAAGAUACAAUCUUCGUUCACAGCCAUUAUCGUCUUAAUUUGCUAGUGAAGGUUUUAAUUAACUUGGAUUCGACUCUCCUGUUUUCUGCGUCCAGUGCGAAGUUUUCCCACCUUCAAGCUCUCUUUUCGCAUGAUUUAUGCCGAUAGCAGGAUUUGGAGGUGAGUAUAACAUUGCAUUAUUUAAGACCUGAAAUUUUUCCAGCAAUUUUAUGCUGUAUUUUAUUCUUACACUGACCGAACUCCUCGGAAUAGACGACUACGAACAAAAUUUCCACAUUCGUUCUUGAGUUGUUCAAUUAACAUGCAGCAUGCAACAAUGUUUCGGUCUUUUUUCCUUUUCAAAAAGGUACGUGUUUCCUCGAAAUAUUGUAUCGUCAUCAUGGCAAUUUAUUCAUACAAUUUCUUUAUUGUUUGCAGAAACAAUCCUCGUCGAACUUUUGUGAAAAUUGUUUCCAAAUUUCUUGAGCUUUGUCCAUUUUAUUUGCUCAUCCCUCGUGCUUUACGUAGAAAUGGCCACAUCCCUACCAGUUAAGUCCUGGUGUGAAUAUUUCGCUUCGAUUCAACACUCCCUUUCAAGACGGUUUUGUUGUGGUAAUUUUAAUUACACACUGUAGGGUUGAAUUUGCACCUGCCUCCAGGCAAAAUAAGCCGCUAUCCCCGAUUUGCAUUCGUUUACAUUACGUUCAUGAGGGUAUUUUUACUGCGGCUCAUUACUUUUUCUUAACUUGCCGACUUCACUAGUUUCGGUCGCUCAAAAAGAGUAAAAAAAAACAACAGUGAAAAAAGAAAGCCACUUCCGAUUUGCCAUUCUCAGGGAAAGGGGAAGCAAUUUUUGAACUGAAAUUUUUCACUAAAAGAUGGAACUCUGAAUAAUUUAUAAACUGGGUAAGAAUUUAAUAGAUCAUAAAUAUUUUAAUUGAAAAGAAAACUAUGGAAUAAACUAAUUCAUGAACAACGUAGAAAGCUGUUUCUUUUCAUCUUCGUCUCUGGUUCGGGGACAAUUUAAACUUUGACGAUAAAUUUCUUAUUCCGCAGAAUUCAAUAUGUACAGAGUCACGAUUGGAUUCAUCGUAGUUCUGGUUUGCUUCGUUACCUUGCCUGCUGCUAGCUAUUCAAGUCAUAAAUCGAAAUUAAUCCCUGGGACUCGUGAGAUCCGGCAAGAGCGACGAACGCGUGAAACCCGUCAGGCACAUUCUAGCGACACCAAAUGCCGAUACAAAAUGGCUCUUUUGGACGUGCCUCCAUAUAUAAUGAACACAGCUAGUAACAAGUCAAACAGAGGGUUUAUGUACAAACCGCUCACGGAGUAUAUAAAUGAAGCGUGUUUUGAUGAAAAAAAGUUAACGGAAUCUCAUCUGAACUGCUUCCUGGAUCCAAUCUUUGUACGUGACUACGACGAGAUGAUCAAACUGAUUAAAGAAAAGCGAGUGGAUUUUGCUUUUCCUAUUCUGUCCGACAUGAAAGCUAAGUUGACGACUGAAACCAAUGUCACGCUCAUCCGAGCAUUUGUCUCAUCCGGGUGUUCAAUGAUAGUGAAUACAAAGUUAUGCGAGCAGGAUUCGCGGAAACAGUUGAUGACUUCCAUCACGUCACAGUGGCCGAUAUUGGCUUGUAUCAUACUUUUAUCAGGAAUAUCUGGGGUUAUCAUUUGGCUUUUUGUGAGUAUCAUUGGCCUAGAAAACGUGUUUAUAAUAAAUAAACAUUUUUAAAUGCUGGAAGUUAUUGCAUACGCAAUUUAAUUUUUUAGGAAACUUUAAAGCGCUAGAGAAUUCAAUGAUGAAUUAGUUUAAUCUCAUGAUUGGCCAUCUUUGUUCAUUAACACUCAUAGUGCUUAAACUUAUAGAAAAAAACACUCGAAAUUAACUUAAACUGUCUGAAAUCGAAGAUUAUCGCGAAAAAUUUUAAUAAGUUAAAAGAAAAUUGUGUUCCUGAGAUAUCGAAACGGUAUGAGCGAGCUCGUAGCGCGCGCAGCGAAGCCCCAUACACAGCAAAAUGGAAGUAAUGUUAUUUCCAGAUUUCGGGGUAGGUCGUUAUAAUUUAAGUAAUUUGGCUUGUGGACGGAUGUGUAGUAUUCAUUUUAAUACCAUGCUUUUGUUUUGAAUCCGUCAGGAACAUAGAGAAAAUGAAGAGUAUUUUUCACCAUCUUUUGCAAUUGGAUCGCCUCAGGGGUUCUGGUGGGCAGUGGUAUCACUUACAACAGUAGGGUAAGUUAUCUUAUUUUUCUUUUGUUUAAUAAAAAAACUUUGCGGGUUAGAGAGCAAAAACACUGGCGCCACAUUGUCAUGUGCAUUUUCUUCUCAGCGAUCAGUCAAUAUUUAUCGCCCUAGGGAGGGGUCGAUUAUUUAUUUUUUUGGGGGGGGGGAGAGGUGGGGUUGCGUGGUUUCUAGAGGGAAUGGGGCGGAUAUGGGUCGUCGUCAACCGAGUAUAACUGUCAAUGGGGGGUAUGGUUAUUACAGAGCCUUAUGGGGGUAUCAGGUAAAUUCUACCUUGACACAACCAAAAUCCUCUAAACCCUACCCCCCUCCCCCUAGCGAAAAAUAUUAGUUAUGAUUAAUUCAUGGACAGAUCUCAUGUUUUAAGCACGGCGUAAAAAUAUAAAGACGCCGCUAGCCACCUAUUUCGUCGGAAGUGUAAGCUUGCGUUUUUGAACCACGUAUCUUUGCUCUCUUAAGGUUACUUCCCAUCUUCGCGGGUGUCCUUCGGGAAAAAAAUCGUACGCCCGCAAGUUUUAAUUUACUAAAGUCCUAGCAAACUAUAUAGCAGAAGAGAGCUUAAUAACUGCAGUUUAUGAAGAAAAUAUAAUUUAAGCGACUUUUCUUUUAAGGAAGUGUCAGGAGCCGGUAAGGCGUGAAACGACCGAAGGUUCUUCUAUUGAAUUUAUCUGGUAUCGGAUGCCAUAGUUAUUCACAUGGCAUCAAUCAACAAAAGUGUGUCAGGCUUCUUCGAUGUUCUGAUUGGUUGUCUAGAUGUCGGCAUCUAAAGUCGGAGUUGCUAAAAUACGGGAGGUGUGUUGCGUAAAUGGAGGCGAAACAAUCUCCUGUUUGGAGAACAUUAAGUUUGGGAACCUUUAUGAGCUAAAAUCUCGCAUUUGAUUUUGGGAGGAGUACAACUACUUUGACCGAAUUUAUAGGGUAUUUAGAUUUGACAAAUUUUCGUCAAAUUUCGCCGACAUCCUAGGAAUAAUAACAAACGAAAAUGUGUCGAAAAAUUUUGAUAUUUGAAAUAUUUGUCCCAUUGCGUCCAUUAACGCAACACGACCGACAUAUUUUUAGCUACUCCAACUUUAGAUGUCGAUAUUUAGACAACCGAUAAGAAUAUCUAGAAAGCCUGACACACUUUUGUUGUUUGAUGCCUUGAUACCGGCUCCUGACCGGCUCCUGACACUUCCUUAAAAGAAAAGUCGCUUAAAUUAUAUUAUUAUCGCAAAAUGCAGUUAUUAAGCUUUCUUCAGGUGUAUAGUUUGCUAGGAUUCUACGAACUAAAGCGCGUACGAAUUUUUCGCGAAGGACACCCGCUAAGGUGUGAAGUAACCUUACGUCGCAAGCUGCAAGAUUGAACAGGUUUAAAAGCGAAGGAUAAAAUUUUCAGGAAUGGCUAUUCACGUUGAAUUUUUUCGCUCGAAGCUCCACUAGGUCUAUGAUGAACGUUUUUUUUGUUAAAAUAAAAGUGUUACCAAUUUUUAGCCUGAAUUCUGUCAAGAAUAUAAAAACUGUCAGAUGGAGCUGCGCUUGUACUCACACCAGAGCUGGAUCAAGGGUUUUAUGACAGGGGAUCCCAAGCUUUGAUUCAGAAAGCACAAAUUAAAUUCUUUUUUUGUAGUAGAACCUAAGAUAAGUAAAUUUAAACUAUUGUUCGUAGUGACAUGCGAUCCUGACGUUUCAGUAAUUCUGGUUGCAAAAAUACCCAGGUCCAGAUCCCUGGAUCCUCAUUCUGUAUCCACCCCUAUAAAUUAAUUUUUGUCUCCCUUUUUAGGUAUGGUGACAAAAUACCAAGGUCGAUUCCUGGACGGUUAUUUAGCAUAAUUUGGAUCCUUGUUGGAGCGAUAAUGUUAUCGCUGUUCACUGCCAUGGUCACAAAUGCUAUGAACACUGCUCUGGAUGGCUCAAAAUGCAAAGAUAUCAGCGGUAAAGAGGUGAGAGUUGUCAAAAGUAAAAAAAAAAACGAAUUUGACAGCGUUGUCUGUGUUAUUUCCAUAAACCUGGCCUAUCAACUCAUUUUAAUAUUUCUAUGGAUUGAUGAUAAUCUGGUAAAUCAUGGCCUUUAGGGUUGAUGCUAACCUUACACGGACAAGGAUGAGAGUGGUCCCUUCUUUUUGGUAAAGUCCGUCGCACCAAUCAAAAACACAAAAAUAAAAAGCACAAAAGUAACCGUGGAAAAAAUUGAUAUUGGCACGCCGCGGCGUGCCUCAUCUGCACAUUUCCGCGCGCCACGCUAUCAUCAAUUUGUGUUCUUUUGUUCGCUGAUAUUUUUUGACUCGUGCGACGGACCUCUCCGAAAAGUGGAGACUGCUUGCAGUCUAUGCACAAACUCAAACAAGAAAAAACAAAAAGAAAGAAAAACGAAACAUCUCGCUGCGGGCCACCCUUGAGCGUGUAACAUCAUAUUCUGAGCUCUCAGACUCGUUCCGAAAGCCUCCAUAACUUUCUUCGUAGAAUCUAUCGCCAGUAAUACCCUCUUCGCUGACAGUAUCACUCCGAAAUCUUUCCAGAAUCUUCCUAACUGAAUAACAACUUAUUGUUUGUAAAUUUUAGGUGUAUGAAUUGCGAAGUAAUCACGCAAUUCACCCAAAAAUAUGUGGAGAUUCCAAGAUGACAGAUCAAGUCUUCACCAGGCCCUAUUAAGUUUUUUUACGUGCGAUUUUAUUGUUGAUUUACCAUAAUAUGUAAGCACUGUUCCUUGAGACCUAUCAAUUACUGACUAUUGCUAAGUGAGUAAUCUGAUUCAUUACUUACUAAGUUCGUCCUUGUAACAGUGAAAAGGCUAAAGGAUGUAGUCGCGUGCAAGGGGGAAAGGUUAUGAAAAAAAUGAACUCACCCAACACAUGCGCAAGAGAAGAUAAAAGCUGUUCUUAUGUAGUGUCAUUCACCUUAGGUUGGUUUGUUUAUCAAAAAUACUGAUACACAAAUUGUGGCAAAGCAGUUCGACGCGAAGAUAAUUGGUAAGUAACAAUUUUCGCUGAGGUUAUAUCUAUUAAAAACAUUCCGUUCACAAAUAAAAUUUAUAAAUGCCUCUGUCUUCCUUAGUAAAUUAACGUGACGAUGCCAUACUGGAUUAACGAAGAUCAGGCAUGUGCUCCUGAUUCCUGUCUCACCGAAGGAUUCAGGGAUAGUUCUGAUUUCACCCGACUCCGUGGCAAUUAUUCGUUCCGGGGCACACGCCAGUAUGACUUCCCAUUCAAAUACAAACGUACACGAACACAGAGCCACGAGAGGGGGGAAGAGGAGGGAGACGGGGAGGGGGAGGGGAUUGACUUCACCCAGACGGGAAAGUCCUCCCAUAUCAUGAGGCCAUACCUUACUCUAAAAAUACAUGUCAGUGACACCUCUUCUGACAAACUACCAACUGGAUAAAGUCUCAAAGGUUUUUUAAUCUUUUUUAAGUGACUUCCCUUGUGACUGGACUGAUCCAGAAAUAUCUGAUAUUACAGUGUUUAGAAGCCUGCAAGAGAUGCAAGAAAAACUCAGUGAAGGAACCAUUGGAAGAGUCCUUGUAGAUCGAAAUACUGCAUUUUACUUCCUCGAUAAAUCCGGACUGAAAAAGAACAGGCAGAUACGAAUGAUUCGCAAUAUCGAUUAUCCGAUGGAUUAUUACUUGGUGCAUGUAUACACGGCACCAGUGAACGUUACAAAUGACACCGAUCCAGAAAUUGUCAAGAGAAAAAAAGUGGUGGAAUGUGGACCAGAAUUAAAGGAAUAUUCCACAGAAUUGCGCGGAAAAAGUAAAAAGGCCUCAGGUGACCUGGUACCCGCAGAACUGCAGGUAGUCUCCUACAACACUUAUGAACUAAAGUGGUCAAGAGUAAUUGUUGGUACUCAUGUCAUGUUUUUGAUACACGACCAUACAAAAGUUUUUUUUUUGUCGCCAUACGGCUUUAACUGGCCGGCAAAAUAUGAGAGGUUCGUUUUAGGUAGCUUUAGCCCUCUGAUGAUGAAAGAACGCUUGCAAAGUUGCGGAACACCUUCUUCUACAGUUAUUAGACGCUUUUCUUUAGUCUCUUAUCCUUUAACACCCAGAGUCAAUUAACAAAUAACCUCUCCCUAUAAUAUUCAUGCAUUACCUAGCAAACAGGUCAUGGAAAUACUCAAACUUAUCUGGUAGAAGUUGUUAGUAUAUACCACACAAGUCAAUAGUACUUUUCGCGCGCGCUGAUUGGCUAAUUCGGAGGUGAAUAACAAGCAGUAUUCACCUCUGAGUAGCCCAAGAGACAAAUGGCGCGUCACCAACCAUUUUUUGUUGUAAUGAGGGAAAUAAACUAUUGUUUGUUGUCUGUUCUGGAAAAAUGAGAAAAGAAGGACACCUAUGGAAAACAAGGACUACCCUUGUCCUUUAAACAACUCUAAGUGGUUGAGUCUAUUCUUCUUUAAUGUUUUUUUGUUUUUAGACAACAGCCUUAUUUGAUCAAAUGGAUGGUUUAUUCUCAAGUGGCUCAGAAAUAACCCGGUUUAUCUUAUUUAGUCUUCUUGGGAUAUUCCUCGGACUUGUCAUCAUUGUGAUGGCUUGGGAGGGCUUGAAUUCCUGUAAUCCCGCGAUUCUAAAAAGGAAAGGUAAGUUUAACCCCUUUUGAAAUAUUUUGAUUCAAUUUGUCCUUGUUCUACCAUCAACAAACAUUGUCAUUUUUUCGGAGGGCGGGUCCGAGGUUUUCGCGGGAGGGGGGGGAAUGCGUAGUUUUCAGGGGGUACGGAGGGAGCACCUAUCAGAGCAUAAAGGGAGAUCAUUAGAAUUCAACAGAGCCUUAUGGAGGAUCAGAUAAAUUGUGAUGCAACUCAAAUCCUCCGAAGUAACUCCCUCCCCGUCCCUAACCCCCAAUUUUAUGAUAGAUACUGACCGUUCCCAAAUACAAUUUUUUUUGCUUAAUUAGGCUUUGACAGAUCCCGCAUUUCUUUAAUUCUUCAGAUAUGCACAAGUGUGACCAAGGAAGCGAGGAAGAUAAUCCAACCCACUUUAACAGGAAGAAAUUCGUGGCGGAGAAUUUUCAGAGUCUUGAAAAUAGACUCAGAGAAUUAUCUAGCGACUUGCAGAAGAUUAAAAAAGACUUUGCUGAAGCUCUCUUAAUCCAGGAAAGUGAUGCGCCUCAUGACACUUAUUAUGACACAUUAUCAUAAGGCGAGAAAUUGUACCGUUUAAAUAGCUUUAUCUUAUUUUAUCUCAUUCCUAUGAGCAGAGUUUGUAAAUUAUUAGUAAUAACAUUCUAUCUAUAUGUUCUUCUGGACGAAGGAAUUCAUCGUUAUGUCAUUUGUCACAUUUUGACAGCCACCAGAUGUUUUCCAUACGUAUUACAGGUAAUUUUCGGUUUUAAAAACCCUCUUUUUCAAGUGAGCCAAGCUGCAAAUCUGUCUUAUGAAAAUAAGUUUCAUUUAACAUGUAUCAUUCUCUAAUCAAAGGUCUUGCAGUCAUCCAUGUUUUAGAGCAGAGGCCUUUGUUACCUCUGACAUUUAACAGCAAAGAGGAAAAAUUUAAAUAGUCGUUGGUCAAAUUGCAAUCAUUAUCAUAAAUAAGGUAGGUAAAGUCGGCAUAAGAAACAGUCGGCUCAUUUGUUCUGUGCUUCUACUCUGUCCCCAUUUCGCCUUAGACGUCUUCCAAUGGCCUAAUGCAUGGUCAGUGCACUGGACUCUGGAUCGAGAAGUCUGGGUUCGAGACCUGACGGGGUCAAUGGGUUGUGUUCUUGGACAAGACACUUUUCUCUCCCAUGCCUCUUUCCACCUAGGAGUAUAAACGAGUACCAGCGGAUUGUCAGGGAAGCCUAAUAAAAUGCUGGGGGUGACCUUGCGAUGGACUGGCAACUGAUCGGCUGGGGGGUUGGGGGAAUAGUAAUACUCCUCUUUAUGCUAAAGUGAAACUGGGAUAAGUUCAGGCUGGGUGGGUCAAUUUCCUGGACUAUGGUGGCAAGGAAGGCCAGUUUUAAUCUUGUAAAAUUAUUGUAUGGCUGGGGAUUUUUGCUGUAUCCCUAACAAAAUCAAGUGUUGACUCUUGUGAUUGAAACUUUGUACAUAGAGGAGUUAUGUUCUGAUAGUUGAAAAACAAAACCAAAGUUAUUAAAGCAACCCAUCAGAAGAACACUUUACAUUAUCAUUAACCAAAGAGAACUCAAAGUGAAAACAAGCAAACUGCUUCAAAAGCAGGAAAAAUGGGAAUGAGCAAGUUGCAGUUGCUAUUAGUUUUGCAUCCGCUAGGUUGAGAGGAUAGCUCAAGUUUUCUGGGCCAAUCAACCAUUAGAGUUAUUAUUUUUGUUAUUGUAAAUUGGUCUAGAUAAGAUCACUUGAUGUUAUUUGAAAAUUUCAUUACUUAAAUGAUUUUUUUUUCAAUUGAUGAAUUGAAUUCGUCAUUUAUUUACUAGUUUUUGUUCGAUUAACCGAUACAUACUAUUAUAUUUUCCAGUUCACUUCGCAGCUAGAUAAUUGUGUAAUAGCGGAGCUUGCCUUGCACGGCGCGCUGCAACGCCUCAUACCCUCAAAAAUGAUGGUAACAUAAUUGUAACCCAUCAAGCAGAGACGAUUUUAUAGUCAAGACAUAAUUUUGUAAUUUUAUUUUGUACAAUACUUUUGUUUAUUAGACUUAAAAUCUGUAUCUGGUCUGUAUUAUAAACCUUUCCAUUCUAAUGCUGUAGUCGAAGCUAUUAUAUGUGAGUAUGUUUUACUGUCGCAGCUAUUUUCACGAAAGAAUUAAAACUAAAUUAAAACUAAAGGUUGAGCCAAGACUGUAAAGUUAUGACUUUCUUUUUUCAUUCCUUCUUGUAACUAAUUUUUUGGCCAACAUUUAGGAUUCGUCAUCUUUUUCUUCUAAUUCGUUAGCCCAUUCAUGUAGUUGCUUGCCGCGACACGAUUAACCUGUUCAUAGUAAAAGAGCGAACCCAAAAAUUCUUAGUCAAGGGAACCAAUCAUCUAGUGUGGGAGUAAGGUCCCUUAAAUAAAUAGCUGUGGACACUAUUUGAUCUAACGUCUAAGUUUUUUUUUUUUUUUUUUUCACCUGUUAUUAUAACUAUACAUUGAUCAGUAUAUUUCUUGAUCACUAAAAGUAAAGAUUCCUUUAAUUACUUUACAAGUUGUAGCUUUCACUUGUAGCAUAUAUAGCGCUUCAGUCUUGCCUGAAUUUAAAAAAAUCAGCGACUACGGUGCAAGAUUCAAGUGCAAAACGGGGAUACAUUUCUCAGAGAGACAUCACCUAGAUUGGAGUUUAUUACCUGUAAAUGAAUAAUAGUCCUUGACUGGCCGUUAUUCUCCUAUAAUCAGUGUUUUUUAUGCUGCCCUAUAGGCACACAGAUCUAUUGGUUAUAUACAAUAUCUAAAAACUUUGAUUAAAUUGUAAGGAUUUGAGGAUUAGGGACGUUUCGAAACGUUUAACUUUUAACCUAGAGUCUUCGGUGACCACUUGCAUCUGCCCUCCAUAAUCUUAAAAGUCAGUGGUUCCAAAAGUCUCCUGAAAUGUUAUAAAAUUGCAUGCUUUUUGCGAAAGAAAUUGAGAAAGUGACCGGCC